UGUAAGAUUUACUGCUCCUCCGCACUCUCUUCUUCGCGACUCCAAGGACGAACGAUCAUAGCAGACAGAAAAAGACGGCAGUGUCGGACUACCGAUACGAAAAAGCAUGAUGGCACAAGUCGGCAAACCGAAGGAGAUACAAGCUCGAGGCAAGAAUGGACCCGUCAAAAACAUGCUGAAAGAAUGGUUUCCAAAAGCCCAGAGUCCUUUCAUCAUAAGCGCGCCGAUGCUGGGCGUGGCCAACGGCUCUCUCGCCGCUGAGGUGUCCAAGGCCGGUGGAAUAGGAAUGGUGCCCGGAGGACUUGACUUCAACCCAGGUAGCGCCCAGCUGGUGGCACUGGGCGCCGAGCUAACGAAGGCGAGAGAGAUCCUGGGGCUUGUAGACCAGCCGCGGGAGCCCCUUCCCGUGGGCGUCGGCUUCAUCCUGUGCCACGAGAGCCUCACCCAGUUCGAGGAGACUGCCCUGCCUAUAUUGAAGGAGCACUUGCCGCGGGCCGUCUGGCUCUUUGCACCACCCGCCGAUGCUGAGGACGGGCUUGUGCGCGGCAUCAUCGCUGCCCUGCACGCGUCCGGCUUCGUUGUCAUUUUCCAAGUCGGCAACGUCGCGGCUGCGCGCCAGGCGGCCCUCGAUGGCGCCGACGUCAUUGUGGCCCAGGGCAUUGAUGCCGGUGGCCAUCAGUUUGUCCGCGGAUCCGGCGUCGUGACGCUCGUGCCCGAGGUGAUGAGCAUGCUCGAGGACGAAUUUUCGGACCGCGAGAUCGUCCUUGUGGCGGCCGGGGGUAUCGUCGAUGGGAGGAGCGUUGCCGCAGCUUUGGCGCUGGGUGCCGAAGCCGCGGUGAUGGGCACCAAGUUCAUCGUCGCCCCUGAAGCCUGGACCCCUGACGCCCGCCGCAAGCUCAUACUCGAGACCAAAGACGGCGGCGUGAGCACUGCAAAGUCUUCAUUCUACGACCAGUUUCAGAACAGCACAGUCUGGGGGGAGCUGUACGACGGCCGAGCCAUCAUCGGCGACCCCUAUCUGGACCACGUUGCGGGCCUCCCGCUAGAAGAGAGCCAGAGGCGAUUCCUAGAGGCAAGAGACACGGGCGACGUGUCCCAGCUGAUCACAUGGGUAGGCGCCGGCGUUGGUCUCGUCAAGGAUGCGAAGCCAGCAGCCGACAUUGUCAACGAGGUUCGGGAGGAGGCGAAGCAGAGGGUUAGAUACCUGGCCCGGGCCAGCUCGGAUUUUUAAAUUCUCAUGAUGAACUUCAUUUGGCUACGAUAGAAUUCUCGCUAGACGAACGAAUACACGCAUGCACUAUUCGAGCCCCAUCUUGAAAU